AUGGACAAUGGGAUGUGCUCUAAUUAUAUCAUGAUCAAAAACUGCUUCCUGCUCUGCAUUUCCAUGAGUUUAGCCAGUCACUUUGGCUUCUCACAAAUGCCAACACCUUCAGUGAAAGAUGACAACAUCACCAUAUUCACCAGGAUUCUGGAUGGUCUUCUGGAUGGAUACGAUAACAGGCUUCGACCAGGCUUGGGAGAGAGAAUCACUGAGGUGAAAACAGAUAUCUACGUCACCAGUUUUGGGCCAGUGUCAGAUACUGAAAUGGAAUAUACAAUUGAUGUUUUCUUCCGGCAAAGCUGGAAAGAUGAAAGACUUCGGUUUAAAGGGCCAAUGCAACGCCUCCCUCUUAACAAUCUCCUGGCCAGUAAGAUAUGGACUCCAGACACUUUUUUCCAUAAUGGUAAAAAAUCUAUUGCCCACAACAUGACCACCCCAAACAAGCUUCUGCGCCUUGAGGAUGACGGGACUCUUCUGUAUACAAUGAGAUUGACCAUCUCUGCAGAAUGCCCAAUGCAGCUUGAAGACUUCCCGAUGGAUGCCCAUUCUUGCCCGUUAAAAUUUGGAAGCUGGAAGUAUGCUUAUCCCAAUUCCGAAGUGAUCUACGUGUGGACUAACAACUCGGAUACAUCUGUGGUGGUUGCAGAAGAUGGUUCGAGGCUUAACCAGUAUCACUUGAUAGGACAUAUUGCAGGAACUGAAAACAUUAGUACCAGUACCGGUGAAUACACUAUAAUGACAGCACACUUUCAGCUGAAAAGAAAGAUUGGCUAUUUUGUCAUCCAGACUUACCUUCCAUGCAUUAUGACCGUGAUCUUAUCCCAAGUAUCAUUUUGGUUAAACAGAGAAUCUGUCCCUGCAAGAACAGUCUUUGGUGUCACUACUGUCCUCACAAUGACUACUUUGAGUAUCAGCGCUCGCAACUCUCUACCAAAAGUGGCCUACGCUACGGCAAUGGACUGGUUUAUAGCUGUGUGCUACGCCUUUGUGUUUUCUGCACUGAUUGAAUUUGCCACAGUCAACUAUUUCACAAAGAGAAGCUGGGCCUGGGAUGGCAAGAAAGCUCAGGAAGCUGCAAAAAUGAAGAAAAAAGAACGUGAAUUAUUGGCAAACAAAGCCAUUAAUGCAUAUGCCUCUGGAAGAAUGACCCCCACAUUAAACAUACCAAAGGACUCCAGCCCUUCCGUUAUCUCCAAUUCAGCUUCUGUUCCAGUAAAACCUGUCGAGAAACCGGCUGAAAACAAAAAGACCUAUAACAGCAUCAGUAAGAUUGACAAGAUGUCCCGAAUAGUGUUCCCUGUCUUGUUUGGGACUUUUAACUUAGUCUAUUGGGCCACAUAUCUGAACAGGGAACCUGUUAUUAAAGGUGCUGCGUCUUCAAAAUAA